CCGUAGCAGCAGCACCACUCGCAGUCAAGCAGCGGGACUCCAGGCACUACUUCCCCAGCUGCUGACGUCAGCUGGCAGCCUGGGCAGUGCUCGCCGCUCCGGACAUAGCGCCGAGAAAAAAUGCUGCUCUCCGUACCGCCAAGGGCAGGAAUCAACCCGUACAGCGGCUUUAACAGCAGAAACAGCAAAAAGCAGACCUAUGCGUCUUUCGGCCACCAGAUGGCUCCCCCUAGUCCCAACAACAACAGCAGCAACAGCGGUGGAGGAGGUGGCGAACAGCUAAGUAAAACCAACCUGUAUAUCCGCGGCCUUCAUCCGGGGACUACGGACCAAGACCUGGUCAAGCUCUGCCAGCCGUAUGGCAAGAUUGUGUCGACCAAAGCCAUUUUGGAUAAAACUACCAAUAAAUGUAAAGGCUAUGGCUUUGUGGACUUUGACAGUCCGGCAGCAGCUCAGAAAGCUGUUACGGCUCUGAAAUCAAGUGGCGUCCAGGCGCAGAUGGCCAAACAACAAGAGCAGGACCCCACCAACCUGUACAUCUCCAACCUGCCGGUGUCCAUGGACGAGCAGGAGCUGGAGAGCAUGCUCAAGUCCUUUGGCCAGGUCAUUUCCACGCGCAUUCUGCGAGACGCCAACGGGACCAGCCGCGGUGUGGGAUUCGCCAGAAUGGAGUCCACAGAGAAGUGUGAGGCCAUAAUUCAACAUUUCAAUGGCAAAUUCAUCAAGACUCCACCGGGACUUCCAGUGCCCACAGAGCCCUUAUUAUGUAAGUUUGCAGACGGAGGUCAGAAAAAAAGGCAGAACCAGGGGAAGUACCUCCCCAACGGAAGGCCCUGGGCCAGAGACGGAGAAACCGGAGGAAUGACGCUUGCGUAUGACCCCACAGCAUUACAAAAUGGCUUCUACUCGUCGCCAUACAGUCUGGCUCCCAACCGGAUGAUCGCCCAGACGUCGCUCUCACCUUACAUGCAUUCUCCUGUCUCAUCCUACCAGGUGGUGUGUUUUACUCAAAUGUCAAAUUUGGAUUCACAAAUAUCAAAUACACAAACUCAAUUGCUAUCUUUCUUCCAUCACGUGAAGGUGCACAGCCCGUCCUGGAUGCACCAUCAGUCAUACCUCAUGCAGCCAGCUGGUACAGUUCUUACCCCAGCAAUGGAUCACACUAUGUCCAUCCAGCCCACGUCUAUGAUGGGACCUCUCGCCCAGCAGCUAAGCCACCUGUCCCUGGGCAGCACGGGCACAUAUAUUCCGGCCAACACGACUAUGCAAGGGACAUACAUCCCCCAGUACACCCCAGUGCCUCCCUCCAAUGUCCCAGUAGAGGAGAAUGGUGGUCAACAGCAACAGGUUGCUAUGGAAACCCCCGCAGAACACACAAACUACUCAUACCAACACACCAAGUGAAGCUAAGCUCCAUGGGGUGGGGCCUAGGUCAUGUGAUGAAUCCAACCAAUCAGGGUUCUACUGAACGAGAACUCUGCUCCGUACCGUCGCUAAGCAUCCGAACUUGAACAUGGAUGACAAAAGGAACGUGUGUACAUGUGUGCGAGAGUGUGUGUGUGUGUGUGUGUGUUUGUGUGUCUUUCUUUGUCUGUUUGUUUGUUUUUUUCUUCCAUUUUAAAGAAACAAGACAGCACGUCCGUCAUUGAAAGUUUCUGCUCACAAAUUGAACUACCAAAGGCGGUAAUCUUCUCCAGAGAAGAUCUGAUCUAUUUUGAUAACUGAAACGAGGAACACGACAAAAUGUUGGAGAGGGGGGGAAAAAAAAAUCGUGAGGAUGAAAAAAACCUAGAGCGUUAUUUUUAUGCACGUAAUAUAACAAAUUCUUAUUUUUAAAAUGUGCAUUCUGGAUGUUUCAGAGUGAUUCAAGGAAAAAGAGUUAAAACACAAUGUGUCUUUUAUUUUUUUGUAAAAUAUGCAAACUUUUUAUUUCCCGAUGUCUGUUGUUUGACAUUCUAUUUGCAGCAGUGGGACAACAGUUUGUACAGGAUAAAAAAAACAAACACUUUUGCUGGAUAUCAAGUCAUUGCAACCGCGAGAGGCAAACCAUUUAAAGCUAACUUCUUCCUCUAACUGCUGCAGAGAUUUCUAUUCAUGCACAGAUGGUAGAAACCCAUUUUAUUUAUACUUUUUAAUCCUUAGUUUUUUUAAAGCAUGAAUGAACAAAAGACAAUCAAUUAUUUCUAUUUAUAUUUGACUUUUUUUUCUCCAGAAUUUUUAGACCAUUUAAACCUUUAUACAAAAGACGUUAUUUAAGUGGGGGGUCUAUAAAGAAGCCACAGAGUGAUAAACUGACAUUUUGGGAUCUGUACUUUUGACCCGUUUCAGUCAGACCACUUCCGUCUCCACAUUUCUGCUACUAAUGGAAUAAGAUGUAAACAAAAGAAUAUUAAGUGAGAUGUGGAAUGCUUCAUUGUUCAUGAUUGUAGUAAAAUUCCCCAAGUAGCGCAUUAAUCAGCCUUCAGCUCGUCUUGGGGGUUGGAGAGCUGUCUUGUGUUCACCUCGCUUUUCCUCAAACUGCGAGGUGUUUGUAUUCAUGAAAGCUGCUGAGCAUGUAAUCUAUAAUUUAGUAGCAAAUUGUGUGAAAAAAAAAACAAGCGUUGACUUCAGCAAUAAUUUUAAUUAAUGAGACGAAGAUUGAAGAUUUGCUAGCAUACUUGCUUGCUAAACGAGCUAACGGUUACAGAGCGGCUUUUCCGUCUCUUUUUCUGGCUAAUGUUUGCCCACUUAACAAGAUGGAUCUGAUCUGAUGGAGAAGUGCCAAAAAAUUCAGUUGUCAAUAUUAAACAGUCAUUCCUAUCAGCGUACCUCACCGGUUGACACAUCUAUCAUUAUGUCAUAGAUCUACAAAAAUAGUUAUAAAAAUAAUAAAUUACGUGAAAUUGCCUAAUUUCCUAUGGCCGCAAUAUUUUCUUUGUAGUUGCAGGAUAUUUAAAAAAAACAUCAAUCUUUUUAUUCAUUUAUUUAUAUCAUAUUCCAUUCUAACUUGUGGAGCUGACGCUAACACCGAGAAGAUACGGUUCUGACAUUACGGUCAAAAGGGAUUGGACACUGUUUUUGGUGAUUUGCUCGGUUUGAAUGUGAUCCGUGUACUGUGUAUGUGGUGCGCACAGGCUGUAGAUCAGCAUGACACCUGUUCACACUCCUCACGGCCAUAUUGAGAAGUGCUUUUAAGCGGUUUUGCUGAAGCAACUCUUUAAGCAUCAUUCGAUUGGUUCUCUUGCCGCAAAGAGGACGUGCAUCAGUGAAAUGACCGCAGUUGUUAAAUUGAGGGAACUCGAAGAUUUCCGAGUGAGUGCUUGCAAAGGGAGCUGUAGGUCUUUUCUUAAUGCUGCUGUUGUCACCUGAUUUUAAGUCAUUGAUUGGUUUGUUGUUGUUUUUUGUAGAAAGUUUUUUUCCUUUUGACUGUCAUUUGAAAACCUUUUGAGCUAACUUGCCUUAUUUUUGAUUGAUUAUCUUAGAAGUAGUUGACAUUUUAGCUGUCGAGAUAGCAUUAGAUGUUAGUUUGUAGGUGUUAGAUUUGCCGUUUUCUUGCUCAACAAUUGAUUCACGAGAAUCUCUGUUCCUUUUGUACCCAUGUUUGUGCCGUUGAGCCUUUUUGUAAAAAAAAAAAGAAAAAAAAAGGAAAAAACGAAAAAUAGAAGCCUUUGCAAGUGGACAGCUGAACCAAACUCUUGACUUUGUUUGCUGACUCGAAACAUUCAUACUGACGCUGCAUCAGUGUCGUAGCUCUAAAUGAGGCUACUGCAAGCCAUUGUAUCCACACAAGUUUUCAUUUAUGCACACAUUACAAACAUCUUCACAAGAUUGAUCACUAGACCGUGAGUGCCAUUCGAGAGGGUAUUCAUGCCCCUUUUCCACUGCACUGUAUCAGAAAGAAAAAAAAAGAUUUAAAAAAACAACAACACGGCAACAUCAGUUGAAGCAACACAUGCUAAUUGCGAACAAAGAAGCACAAGGCUUUCUUUUUACAUCACAGCGUUUGGCUGUUUUUAUUCAAAGAUGGGACGGGACGCAAUGGCUUCAUCAAAGUGCGUAAUACAUCUGCAGCACCAAAGAAUGUUAAUGUUAACAUGUUGAAAAGGGGCAUUAGUACCUUCAAUUAGUGAGUGAUACAAAGUAAUCUGGAAAUCCUAAUGUUCUUUCUUUGUGUGAACUGCCUCAAAAUUCCAUGGGAUUGUCACUACAUAUGACAGCAACCAACUUGUUGGGAAGCCAUUGAUUCAACAAUUAUUUUGGUUGGCCGGAACAAAGCCGUUCGUCAGGUUUGGCUCCAGCAAAAAAAAAAACAUAAAAAAACGCAGACUUUUUUUUUUGUUUAUUUGUUCCCUGUCUGUUUGCUAUAUUGUUCAUUUGUGCUACCAAAGAUGUUGUCGUCACCCACACAUUCACGCUCAUAUGUUGCUCUCAAAAAGACGUGCGAUGCGAGCCGGACAAACUGCUUUUGUCGAUACUGAAUGACUCAGAAGGACGAUGGCGUUUUCAUGCACUCUGAAUCCAAAGUGCGGCUAUUUUUCUCAUUUGGAAAGUAAAUGGAAAGUACCAUACUUGUGUAAAGCAUUUGCUCUGAAUCUGAAGUAGGGUUAUUUUUCUCAUUUAGAAAGUAAAUGGAAAGUACCAUACUUUGUAUAAAGCAUAUGCGAGAAGGCUGCAGUGCGUGUAAACACGCUCCAAAUGAAAGUGGGCUUAGCAUGCUUCCAGGAGGAGCACCUUGUGCAGCUUGAGAGCACAUUUUGUACAUAGUACCACACACCUUUUCUUGACAUUGUUGUUUUUUUCUUGUGUGAAUUUGUUUUCAUGACUUUUUUGUUGUUGUUGGAUAAACUGUCCAGAUCACACAGGGGGCUAGCAAUUGGUCCGAAUCAAUCGCACCAUGAAGGACUAUGUCAUGGCAAACGUUCGUAUGAGAGAAAAGGUAUACUGUAUUCGAUGUGUUAGCCAUCACUUUGAACACACACACAUACACUCAAAAGGAUUUUGGAACUAUGAAAUGACGACUUUGUUACAAUGCAGUGUUUAUUUAUUUGAUCGUUUUCUACCAAAUUAUAAGCAAACCUAACGUUAAGUUUAUUUUGAUGCUGGAAAAUGAAUUUGCAUCAUGAAAAGUUACUGGUAGUAUGUCAAACUCUAUUCUGAUGGAUGGUCCACAGUUUCUCUCCAUGCACUUAAAUGUCCUUCCACCAAUUUGAUAAAUGGUCAUCUGAAAAGAGAUUGAUGGCUUAUUUCAUAGCUUCAAAAUGUUUUGCUGCUAAAACAGGACGUCUCAACAGGUUGUAGGUUGCUGCCCUGUCUGCAUUUUCUGAAUCUUUAGUUUUGGUAUUACAUCGACAAAGCUAUAAUUUCCAUAUUUCACUGGUAAAAGUGUAAUCUUUUAAAAAAAAACAU